UUAAUUUUUUAAAUCGUCGAAAUUUUCUAAUAAAAAGUUUUAAUAAUAAAAAUGGACACUAUAAUCACAUUUCAUCAUUUCGAUACACAUCAUCAUCAUCAUCAUCAACAUUGGCCAAUUUUAAUUAUCCUAUUGCUAAUUCAUCAAUUGUUCGACAUACGAUGGAUGGUUUGAUAUCAUUACAUGAAUAUUUAAAUAUUCCAUGGUUUUUGGAAAUUUCAAUAAUCACAAUAAUGGCUAGAUCGCUGGUUGCAUUUCCUUUAACCGUUUUACAACGAAAAAUAAUGAUUCGAUAUGAAGCGUUGAGGCCUGAGAUUCAAAUUCUUUCGAAAAAUCUACGCAACCAAAUGAAAGAAGAAGCUUAUUUAUUAGGACUAUCAUCAAGAAAAACUGAACAAAUAUAUAGAAAAACGCUAACUCGUGAAAUAAAUCGUUUAAUUGUACGCGAUAAUUGCCAUCCCAUGAAGGCAACUUUAGUAGCAUUAUUCCAAAUACCGAUGUGGAUAGUUCUUUCCAAUUGUUAUCGAAACUUUGCCUUAUUACAACCGGAUCCAAAUGAUGUAAAAAUUAUGAUGGCACAUGAACAACUUCAACAUGAAGGUCUAUUUUGGUUCAAAGAUUUAACAAUACCCGAUUCAACAGGAAUUUUACCUAUUGCAACCUGUUUGGUUAAUUUAACAAUCAUACAGAUUCAUAUCAAUGAACGACGUCGAAACAAUCUACAAGAUUCAUUAUUUGUUCGAAUUUUUACCAAUAGUGGACGAUUGAUUAGUGUUGCUCUUGUGCCUAUUGGGUUGAUGAUGCCAAGUGAUAUGUGUUUUUAUUGGUUUAUAUCAUCAUCAAUGGGUCUUGUGCAAAAUGUUUUACUAAUGAAUCCUAAAGUGAAAAAAUUAUUGAAAAUUCAAAAAUAGACCUUGAAUAAAAACUAGUCAUCAUAAAUUUUAUUUUCAAA